CGAGGGGUGUGAGCUGAGGAAUGGGAGGGGAACAGCCCAGAUCACACAACAUUCUGCUUGCACAAAGGAUCUGCAUGGAGGCUGCAAGAUAAGCACAUACAUACAGGUAACACAGGGCUCUGGGUGCCUGAUCCACAGAGCUGACAAUCUACUUAUGUACACGGAGCCUGCCCCUGCAAGACGAGCACACACAUACAGGUAAACAGGGUUCUGGGUGCCUGAUCCACAGAGCUGACAAUCUAUUUCUGUACACGAAGCCUGCCCCUGCAAGAUAGGCACACACAUACAGGUAAUACAGAGCUCUGAUCCACAGAGCUGACCAUCUAUUUCUGUACACGGAGCCUGUCCCUACAAGAUAAGCACACACAUACAGGUAACACAGAGCUUUGAUCCACAGAGCUGACAAUCUAUUUCUGUACACGAAGCCUGCCCCUGCAAGAUAGGCACACACAUACAGGUAAUACAGAGCUCUGAUCCACAGAGCUGACCAUCUAUUUCUGUACACGGAGCCUGUCCCUACAAGAUAAGCACACACAUACAGGUAACACAGAGCUUUGAUCCACAGAGCUGACAAUCUAUUUCUGUACACGGAGCCUGCCCCUGCAAGAUAAGCACAUACAUACAGGUAACACAGGGCUCUGAGUGCCUGAUCCACCGAGCUGACAAUCUAUUUCUGUAAACGGAGCCUCCCACUACAAGACAAGCACACACAUAAGGGUAAUACAGAGCUCUGAUCCAUAGGGCUGACAAUCUGUUUCUGUACACUGAGCCUGCCCCUACAAGACAAGCCCACACAUACAGGGGUAACACAGAGCUCUGAUUAACAGAACUGACAAUCUAUUUCUGUACACUGAGCACACACAAACUCAAUAGAGGGACUCCUGCCCAACAGAGCUUGCAAUCUAAUAAUUCACGUAUACUGAUGCUUCCCAUGCAAGACAGGCACACACAUAAAGGUGGUCUGGGGGAUCCAUGCCCCACAGAGCUUGCAAUCUAAUUAAUCUGUAUACAUUGAGGCUGCCCAUAAUACGAUAAGCAUACACAGAGGUACUGGCUGAGUAAUAUUAAUAAUUUCAACACUCUGCAAAGGAGUUAAAAACUAAAUCGUUCCUGAUUGGCUUAAUGCAGUUUGUGUUUAUCCCCUUACCAAGCUGAAGUACUUGGAGUAUAAUGUUUGCUGGCUUUGGAGAAUACUUGGGGUGAUGCACUGAGAGCUGGGUAGGUCACUGGGAAUGACAGAGUUAAUAAUAACCACAUCUGCCCUUUGCAUUGUAGAUAUACAGUGUUGACUAUGGGAGGCCUUGAACGAUGGAGGUUACAAUCUAAUCUGGGCUGAUUUCGGUCCUUGGCAGCUGACUAGUAAUGAGCUAUUUCCAUGUACAGAUUGUAUUGUGAAUAUGCAGUAUACAGUAUUAUUAGGUACACGCUAUACUUUAACCAUAUAACCAUAUAUUAAUAUAUAUCUACAUGCACAUAAUAUAUAUCGUAAAGCAAGCAUUUUCAGGUUACAUUAAUAUUUACAUGUACUUAGUGUAAAUUGUACUGUGAAUGUCUGGGUCAUAAAGUAAUAUUUCCUUAAGUAUAUUGUAUGAAGCAUAUUUAAUAAUAGAUGUGUAUAUUGUACUGUAUUAGCGUGUUUACUAAUAGAUGUGUUUAUUGUACUGUGUGUAGCAUGUUUUGUGUAUUGCACUGUGAGUAUCUUCGGUUAUAUAGUAACAUUUUCCAUAUUUUAUAUAUAGCAAUCUGACGGGGUAUACCAGACUGAUAGAACACCGGACCCAAUAUAACUGCGCCUGGAAUAACCCACCCCUCUAUAUUCAGCGUUUGUACUCUAUAAUGUGCAUAUGGGUAUUUCUGUACCUAAUUCACAUUAAUAAAUCAAACGGUAAAUAACAGAUACUUUACCCUGGUUAAUAAAAAAAAAAAGCAGCUUGUGCACUGACUAGGCCUCUGCUAGAGCAGCCUGCACACUAACAGGGGCUCCGCUAGUGCAGCCUGCACACUGACAGCGACUCUGUUAGUGCAAGCUGCACACUAACAGGGGCUCCGCUAGAGCAGCCUGCACACUGACAGCGACUCUGUUAGUGCAAGCUGCACACUAACAGGGGUUCCGCUAGUGCAGCCUGCACACUGACAGCGACUCUGUAAGUGCAAGCUGCACACUAACAGGGGCUCCGCUAGUGCAGCCUGCACACUGACAGCGACUCUGUUAGUGCAAGCUGCACACUAACAGGGGCUCCGCUAGAGCAGCCUGCACACUGACAGCGACUCUGUUAGUGCAAGCUGCACACUAACAGGGGUUCCGCUAGUGCAGCCUGCACACUGACAGCGACUCUGUAAGUGCAAGCUGCACACUAACAGGGGCUCCGCUAGUGCAGCCUGCACACUGACAGCGACUCUGUUAGUGCAAGCUGCACACUAACAGGGGCUCCGCUAGAGCAGCCUGCACACUGACAGCGACUCUGUUAGUGCAAGCUGCACACUAACAGGGGCUCCGCUAGAGCAGCCUGCACACUGACAGUGACUCCGUUAGUGCAAGCUGCACACUGACAGCGACUCCGUUAGUGCAAGCUGCGCACUGACAGCAACUCCACGCAGUCAGCCUGCACUCUGACAGUGACUCUGUGAUGGCAGCGUGUGCACUGAUAGCCGCUCCGCAAGGGCACCCUGAGUACGGCCAUUGUCUUCACAAGUAUAGCCCACGUACAGACAGUACUGGACAUGUAGCAACAUGCCAGGGAAGUACUUUAUUUUAAUUGUAAUAUGUAAAAGGGCACUAAAGCAGAUUCGUUUGUUGAAGUGCUUUAUUUGUGAAGUGUGUCCUUUUUUUUUCCAUCUUCAAAAAAAAAAGUGCAGCUUUCAAUAGAAAUUGACACUUUUAUACAUUAACCUCUGAAACUGCUAUGUUUACAGCAGAAAGGGUUAAUCCUAGAUGAACCUGGCACCCAGACCACUUCAUUGAGCUGAAGUGGUCUGGGUGCCUAUAGUGGUCCUUUAAAUCACAUUGUUUAUGCAGCCCUGGUCACACCUCCCUGCAUGUGACUUGCACCGCUUUACUAAACACUUCCUGUAAAGAGAGAUCUAUUGUUUAAAAUUCCUUUAUUGCACAUUUUAUUUAAUUUUGAAUUUCUCAUCUAAUGUUUUGUUAAAUAGCCUGCUAGAUUAAAGUUCAAUUAAGAGAGCAGGAGAUAAAAACUUCUAAAGCAAGUAACAUCUGAUUGAAAAUAAAAUAAUUUUUUAAUUGAGGCUGUGAUAGGGGAGAUGUGACUGGGGCUGCAUAAAGAGAAACAAAAUUGAUUUAAUUCCUAAAUGGCAUAUAAUUGAACAGUAAAACGGCAGGGGCAUGAUCUGUACACAAAAACUGCUUCAUAAAGGUAAAGUUGUUUUGAUGUCUAUUGUGUCCCUUUAAGUGUCAGACAUGACGCUCUUUAUGUCUAAAAAUUAAAGGUUAUUUUUAAAAUCUGUAUGAUAACCAAAUUAAAAGAAAUCUCUCCUUCUGUAUAGGAAUACACUCUUGAUCUUAGAGCAAUGGCCAUCCUAUGGGCCUGAAUAGGAAGGGGGGUUCAUUGUGUGUUUAGUGGGCAACACACUAGCAGAGGGGUCAAUAAUCAGCAGAGUGAAAUGAGAGUUGUGGUUCUCUUAGGAGAGUGAGUGGGUGGGAUGAUACUUGUUAAUCAGUAGAGAGUGUGAGUCAUACCUCCCCAGUGUCCCUAUUUAGGAAGGACAGUCCCUAUUUUGGUCCCAAAUUCCUCUGUCCCUUUUUCAAUCCUAAUGUCCCUCUUUUCUAGGAGCUCCAUAUUGUUAGUGUGUCUGAGUGCUCCACAGCAAUAAAACUCCCAGUAAUGUGUCUUUAAACUACAAUAAUCGUGUUAGAAAUCAGUUUGUAAAUAAAACACAAUGUUCUUGUUCUAAAUAGUUUAGCUGUGUAAAUUGUUAUUAGUAGGUCACCUAAAAUGUUUCAGAACAGCCCCACCCCUAGCGACAUCCACAGCCACACCGCUAGAAUUAAAGAGUUUGUGUGAAAUGUUUGGAGGUGUGCUGUGAGUGGAGGUAGGAUGGCACUUCUUGAUCAGUAAUAAGUGUGAUUGAGGCAGUGAGUUUUUGAGUAGUAGUGACAUUGAGUAUUUAUUAUACGUGACUGAUGGUCGAGCCUUAGGGUAACUUGUGAUACUGCUAUCAGGAAUACAAAGACUUCUCUUAUUUUGUUUCCUUAAAGUAUGGAGGCCUGUAGAAUAUCCACCCCAUGUAUAGUAAAUAUAAUAAAGAAUCCACCUCAUGUAUAGUAAAUAUAGUAAAAUAGUCAUCCCAUGUAUAGUAAAUAUAGUAAAGUAUCCAUUCCAUGAUUAGUAAAUACCAGAUACAUAUACAUUCUUGUUCCAUCGAGAUUUAGUGGUUCAGCUCUUGCCCCCCCCCCCAAGGGUGGGUGGGGUCAUGUGACAGUGAAUUCAGUUACUUGGCGCUUGAAUUUCAUGUUGGAUGUCACUUAUUAAAUGGCCACCGUGUUCAGUCCUAUGCAAGCUAGGCGACAUCAAGUGAGACCAACUGCGUGGCUGCGCACAGUAACCUUAACCUCAACAGUUACUUUAAUUCUACAAAGUUAUAAUAGGUGUCAUCUCGGGGUUUGCAGACACCUCUACACUGGUUGCAAAACAGCGUUAUUGAUGAACUUGGGAUUUGUGGAGCAGUGAGAGCAAUUUAGCUUGCUGAAGAGCUGUACAUGUAAGGCACUUUUAUAAAUUAACCUUGUUACAUCUUCCUGGCUGUCAAUCAGACAACUGGUCCUGUUACUUCCUGGUUUGGUUAGCUCAGGCAGCAAUUGCCCAGAGCACCUGUCUUACAAAGACUUCUCAGUGAGCUGCAUUGGAAGUCUGUGAUUGGGCAGCCACAGAAAGUCUGGGUGGGGUUAGAAGGGGAGGGCUUACAAAGGCUGCAGACAAGACAUCUGCAGCCUUUUCAAGCUGUGUUUAGAUACCCCCAAUGAAAAAUGCAUAAUUAAAUGCUUGUAUGAUUUCAUUGGGGGUAUGUCUGAUAAGCAGUACAUUUUAGUUUUUUGUUUUUUUAUUUAGGUGGUGAAGUGUCUCGAAACAGAACACUCUAAACACAAAAAACACUUCAGUCCAGUGUAGUAGUUAUGGGGCCAUGGUGUCCUGGUACUCCCCUGGGGUAAGUAGUCAUAUUGUGUGAAAACAGGAUAGAAACCUUUGAGCAUAUUAAGGUAAUUAAUAAUGUUCAAACUGAAAGCAUUUUUCAGACAAAGAAAGAGUGUUUAAUCCAUGGAAAAUACUUCCAGUGGAGAUAGUAAAAGCCAGGACUGUGAGAGAAUUCUAGAAUGUGUUGAACUUUUAAGUCUCUACUAAGAACUAUUUAAAUUUACUAUAUUCUCAUUUAAUAAGGAAAGACAUUAUGGGUCUUUUGGUACUAAGCUGUCAUUAACCUCUUCGCUUCUCAAAAAUAAAUAAAAAUAAGAGGUAGAAUUGAUCCCCUAAAUUGCUCUUCCUAAUACUGAGCUGAUAUUUGAAAAUAUCACUUAUUUGUGGAAAGGACUCAGUGUCUCAUGAUUACAACAAUCGAUUCUGAAGCCAGCGAUUUCUAAGAUUAGUGGCCAAGCCAUCUAGUGAUAGAAAAAAAUAAAGCAGGACAGUUUUUUAUAAAGGUUUAAAUUCCGUGGAAUUUAAUUUAAUACAAGCAAACUAAGGUAUUUCUGCACUAACAGCAAAUGGUAAGAGGGAACGCCAAUGGGAAUUUGUAAGGAGAAAUAAAUAAAUGGAGAUAGAUCUGCACCGUAUAGAUAACACAAAGGAUCGGAGCUGCCAAGCCAAGGGUGUACCACCAUUAAAACCAGUCUGUCUAGUUAGUCACCUUAGAAUGAGAAGGUGUGGGUGGGAUGUACAAUGAAUGAGUCAAUUCAACCAAAGUAUAUGAUCAGCUCCUUUAUAGAGUAUAGCUCUAUCCUGGGAGUGUACUGAAGGCAGGUAAUUGGAUUACACAUAGUAUUCAAAUAAAUAAAUCAACAAUUAUCUCUGAAAGGAUGGCUUUCAUCACUAAAACCAAAGUCAUUCACUCAAGUGAGAAUUGUUGGGUAUUUUGAGUGAAUUUCAAAUUUUAAAUAAAAAUAGCCAAAUUAGAAGCAUAGCUAACGUAGCAAAUUUUUACAAUUAAACUAUUUUGGCCAUAAAUUUGAAAUUCACUUGAAUUAGCGAUCGUUAUUUUAGUAGGCCUCCUAUAAAGCGCUUGUAGCUAAUCUAUAGAACUACACACAGUAUUCUAAUCAGGUCUGUCUUUUGAUUUGUAGAGUGACUAUGAUCCAAACUGUUUCUGCAAUUUUUACCUCUUAUGAUAUGAACGAGCAUUCUAUUCACCUUACCUGCUGCGCUACUGCUUUGUUUGCCAUAUAUCAGAGGAUCUGAAAUAAUAAUUUACAAAUCCUGUUCUUCUUUUGUCGCUAUCAGUGAAUUGCUGUUAAGUCUUUAAUUUUCCUUUGAUUUUUUGGAUCCUAAAUGCCUACAUUUAGUAUUUAGUAAUGGUGUAUUUUAGAUCUCAGAUUUGUCUUAACCCCCUGCUUUUAAUAUUGCUGCUCAUUUUCUUUAACCCUCCCAAAAUAUCAGCCGUGUUACAUAUUUACAGAUACAUUUUGAAAAUGAAGGAUAUCCCGCUUUCAAUAUUUGUGGUUUCUGCAAAUUCACAGGGUUUGACCCGACCUUUAGUUUUAUUGGGGGCAACAAGGGUUUACACAAACCUGAAAUCGGGCCAUGUCAGACACACAUUAUCUAUAUAUUGCGUGUUGUUUCAGAGCUCGCCCUUCAAUCACACUGUAGCUGCUCCUUUAAACGUAUUGCAUUGUGGGGGAUGUUUAGCCCUCCUUAUAUUUGAGAGCUACUACUAUCUCUUUAGUGCUGUCUAUGCCAAUAUUAUUAGUACAUAUUAACUCUAAGAAAAAGAAUGCUGAGCUAGUCACAGGCAAAAGGCUGUAUAAAGAAAUAAUGAGUAGCCUUCAGGCAGCUAUUAGAGAAAAUGGCUUUGUAGGACUUAUCGGUGAAAGGAAUUAACCCAGUGAGUUCUGAAUUUGAGCUACAGUAGGGGGUUGGUGUAACACUUCUUGUGUUGCUUUAUAGUCAUGUGCCCAAAUGUUGUGUAACAUCAGUGAAUUAGAUAUGUUGUAAUAGUCAGCAACAUGCCCCCUUCCUCUUUUGUAAUAUCACCCAGAAGAAUGGCCAGAGGGGGGCGCUUUGGGACCCUGUAUCCUGACCAGCUCACGUACCAAACACAGGCCUUAAUUAACCAUUAGCCAAUGGCAUAAAUAUAUAUAUACUGUAAAUACUGUGUAUUCUUCAUCUGUACAUAAAGUGUCAGUCUCUGAAAUCACUGUAUACACGAACUGGUCUAUAAAUUGCGACAAGGCCAUAUUUUCAUGACGGCUCUGAUGUAAUGACUGGGUAUCAUACUAUAUGAAUGGGGUUUAUGCCAGACGCUAGUCAGCAGGAUAGUAUAGAUUUUGAAAUAACUGUGUUUUUUUUAAUUAACCCUUGCCCACGCCCACAUCCUGCUUGUGUAAGUAUUGUAACCACAGCCUUUCGUGACAUGCUGACACGGAAUGUCUUGUAUAACAGCGUCUGUCAGUGUGCUCUAGUAAGGGAGAGAGGUGAAGUUAAUGCAGUUAUUAUUAUUAUUGCCAUUUAUAUAGCACCAACAGAUUCUGUAGCGCUUUUCAAUAUUAUGAGAGGGGGAAUUUAAUUAUAAAUAGGACAAUUUUAAGAAAACUUACAGGAACGAUAGGUUGAAGAGGACCCUGCUCAAACGGACUUACAGUCUAUAGGAGGUGACUUAUAUUCGUUAUUGUACAACGUUAUCCCAUGUACAGUCUCUGUAUAACCUUAUUUUUAUCACUCGCCGCAAAAUAUAUCUUAACGUUGUUUAUUUAAUUAAAAACUGAACUUUACCCUUUGGCAGUGAGCAUACCAGAUAACACUCCAUUUCUUCAAGGGUACAAGUAAAUUAGGGUCAUUGAAAGAUGUGAAGAUAAAGUGAAUUAUCAUUCCGUAUAAAGCAAGGUUUUAUUAAAUGAUGCACCCUACACUGUUGUUUUAAUUUUUUUAAAUUAUUAUUUUUUUAAUUUUUUUUGUGGGGGUGUAAAUAUACAAUUUUGAGAUUAAAUACAAAAUUAGACAAAAAUAAAUGUAGUAGACAGAAACAGGCAUAGAUUAAAGAAAGGAGAAGAUUAAAGAAGUCACUAAAGGUCAAAGGUUGAAAAGAAGGUUUAACGUUCACCUUCAGACAAAUAAAGAAUGAAUCCUUGUACGGUGCUAGUGAAAUCACCAGCUGGAGACGGGUUAGCGCACCACUCUCAGACGAUCAUUUUUUACCAAAUUUGGAUAGACUUAUGUGGUUUAUCACAUCUGGAUAAGAUAUACUGCAGCAGAGAGGCCGCUAGGCUGACGGCGAAAUGAUUUAACGCAAAGCAAGGGUUACGGCGUCUAAAUACGCGUUGCACCAUAACCACUGAAAUGAGCUGUAAGGAUACAAUGAGCUGAAAUAAUAUAAUGAUAUGUAAUCAUACAAUUAUCUGUAAAGAUACAAUGAGCUGAAAUAAUAUAAUGAUAUGUAAUCAUACAAUUAUCUGUAAAGAUACAAUGAGCUGAAAUAAUAUAAUGAUAUGUAAUAAUACAAUUAUCUAAUGAUUCUAUAAGAUGUAAUAACACAAUGAGCUGUAAUAAUACAGUGAUCUCUAAUGAUUUUAUAAAAUUUAAUAAUCCAAUAAACUGUAAUAAUACAAUAAGCUGCAAUGAUGCCAUGAGCUGUACUAAUACAAUAAGCUGCAGUGAUGCAAUGAGUUGUAAUAAUACAAUAAGCUGUAAUGAUGCAAUGAGCUGUACUAUUACAAUACACUGCAAUGAGCUGUACUAAUACAAUAAGCUGCAAUGAUGUAAUGAGCUGUACUAAUGCAAUAAGCUGCAAUGAUGCAAUGAGCUGUACUAUUACAAUACACUGCAAUGAGCUGUACUAAUACAAUAAGCUGCAAGGAUGUAAUGAGUAGUGAUGUCGCGAACCUCCCGCGAACGGCUCGCUGCGGUUCGCCAUGAACCGUUCGCGGCGAACUCCAGUCAGCUGACACAUCCCGGCCAAUCUCCAGCAGACCCUCCCUCCCAGACCCUCCCACCUCCUUCAACAUGGAUGCUGUCCAGGAGGUGGGAGGGUCUGGGAGGGAGGGUCUGCUGGAGAUUGGCUGGGAUGUGUCAGCUGACCGGAGUUCGCCGCAACUGCGGCAAGCCGUUCGCGGGAAGUUCGCGAACGGUUCGCAACAUCUCUAGUAAUGAGCUGUACUAAUGCAAUAAGCUGUGAUUUAAUGUAAGCAGGGCCCUUACUACCUAAUUAUAAUUAUGUCAUGUUAACUUAUUGUACAGAGCUGCAGACAAUGUCGGCACUUUAUUAAUAAUAAUACAAUGUGAAUGUCUUAGAGUGUUACCUAAAACUGUAAAAAUUAUCCUGUGUGGGUAAACAAACCGUGGCUCUAUAAACUCACAGAAACCUUUAGCAUUUGUUCUGUUUGCUUUGCAGAUAAAUAUGGGAGAACGCCGGAAGGGAAACCCCUCUAAAGGAGAACAAAAGAAAGCCAGUAACGGACAAAAUGAGAAUUUGGGCCAAUGGGGCCGAGCAUGGUGAGAGUUUAUAUGUCACUUUUAUUCCGGGGGCUGGCGAGACAUGAAUAGCUUUAAUAUUAGGGACAUUUUCACACCCUGACACCUUCAGGGUUUUAACUAAAGUGAGAAUUUCCUGGAAUUCAAAGUAAAUUUAACCCCUUAAGGACCAAACUUCUGGAAUAAAAGGGAAUCAUGACAUGUCACACAUGUCAUGUGCCCUUAAGGGGUUAAAGGGACACUAUAGUCACCAGAACAACUACAGCUUAUUGCAUUUGUUUUGGUGAGUAGAAUCAUUACCUUCAGGCUUUUUGCUGUAAACACUGUAUUUUCAGAGAAAAAGCAGUGUUUGCAUUACAGCGUAGUAAUAACUCCACUAGAUGGCUGCUAGAGGUGCUUCCUGGGGCAGUGCGGCACAGUGUGACUGCCAUUCAGUGUAUCCACCCUCUGCAUGCAGACACUGACCUUUCCACACAGAGAUGCGGGGCCAGACUGGGAAAAAAAGGUAACCACAUUUUUUAACCACAGCGGCCCACUGAGAGGGGGGCAGGACUAGAUAGGGUGUGUUUUGUCAUCACCAAUGACAAGCGCACCCCAUCUCAAAGUGAGAUGGGCAUACCAUGUGCAGAGCUCUGCUGUAGAGCUCUAGCAUGAUGAAAAGGCCAUGUAUUUGUUCUGCACAGUGCAAGCAAAUUUAAUAACAUGCUUGCGCAGUGUUUGCUUGAAAAAUGGGAUACCAGGAGACAUAAAUGCCAGGAAAGAGUUUUGUGCAUGUGUUGGGAGCCUGCUUGUGGAAUUGUGUGUGUGUAGAGUGAGCUGAUUGUGUGUGGUAUUGUGUAAAUAGGUUGGUUUCUGUCGUGUUGUGUUUGUGGUGUAAUGUAAUGUAUGUGUGUCUAGGUGCUGUAGAGAGUGUGUGUAUAGGGGCAUAGUGUAUAUAGGAGAUGUAGCGAGUGUGUGCAUACUGGCUUUAGUGUGUGUGUAUAGAUGAUGUAGUAAGUGUAGGGGUAGUAGAAAGUGUGUGUGUUUUCAGGGAAUGUAGUAUGUGUUUGCUUACAUGAAGUCUAGUGUGUGCAUAGGGAAUCCUGAGUGUGUAUGUAGGUGGUGAAGUGUGUGUGUAGGGGUUCUAGUGUGUGUUCGAAGGACCCAGAGUGUGUAUAGAAGAUCUAGUGUGUGUAUGUGUGUAGAUGAUCCAGAGUUGGGAUCUUUGAUCUCCUCACCAACCCGUCAUGUAGCAGAGUGUCAUUUCUUCAGUGUUGUCACAUGAAAGGUAAGCCAAGUACCAAUAAAAAAUUGUCCACAAGUGUCCCUGAUCAUCCGAGACGCAUUUCGCCUUAUCAUAAGGCUUUUUCAGUCUGAUUUGUUUAUGGAGAUUUCAAUGGAAUUAUGGAGAUUUCUAUCCAAAGUGAUGUAGGAAUCAGUAAUAUACAUUAAAAAGUGGGAAAAACAAUUAGGAAAAGAAACAGGACAUUAUUUCGUAAUCCAGGGAUCUGUUUUAUAGUUAUUCACUAAGCUGAAACGGGACAAACCCAUCUGGACAUUGCGCUAUCUAGGAAUGUCUGGAUUUAGCUAUUCAGGCUCCAAACGAGUCUGAAUUCCGUCCGGAUUUUAUCCAGACAGUACGCUGCCAGAUUCUGAAUUCUGGACCUGAGUAUUUGAAGUCUGGGGCCAAAUUUUUAAAAAUCCAAACUAGGAACCCUCAGCAAUGCAAGGGUUAAAUAUGUGGCGACUGGCCAAUACUUUAAAUAAAUCAGAAUAAAAUCAAUAUGGGAUCAAUAGGACACCAAUAUUAAAAUAAGAAAUGUUUUUAACCUCUCCAUGCAGCGGGCAAAUAGUAAUUGAAAUUAUAAUUUACUUGCGAAAAGCAAGUGAACGAUAAUUUGCUUACAUGCAUCCUACCUGAUACAUUUGGUUCCUAUUUUGGUUCCGGGCACCAAAAGCAUCCGGGGGAUUGCUGCCAAUUAGACCGAAUUCCGACCAUAUUUUGCAUUAAUUGAGGUCGGAAUUUGGUCAUUUUCGCCGUGUGUCGGGCAUUUGGAGAUUUUUCAUCUGACGAGCAGUUCAGAAUAACUUUAAAUAUUGACAUACAGGGUACCUCAGCUAUUAUUUGGUUAAUAAGGGGUUAAUCACUGCGGGUUAAAUCAUCCACAGUCACAAGAACCAGACCUGCACUAGGUACGUUCUGUGGCUCAUUGAAGUGUAUUUACUAAAUUGUGAGUUGCUUAUUUUAAACCAAAAUAGCAGAAUUCUCAAAAUAAACAAAUAAAAUGACAAAGUUAUUCAUCCAGGUCAGAUAUUUUGACCUAACAUUUGCAAUAACCGUGUCAUUUCUGCACAGUUCCUGAUUUAAUAGAUGAACACCUUCACUGCCAGGUGCAUGUCUAAGUACAUACAUAUUACUCAUAAAUACCAGCAUUCUACAUUUGAAAUAUUUAGUUAGGCUUUUGAAAAAAUAAAGUGAUGUUUGUGACCCGCAGUAGCUGGAUUACAGUGAUUUAUUGGGUAUGUAUUAAAGGGACACUAUAGUCACCUGAACAACUUUAGCUUAAUUGCAGGGGAAUGAUCUAUACACUAAAACUGCUUUAUUUAGCUAAAGUAAUUUAGGUGACUAUAGUGUUCCUUUAAUGUUUGUGUAUUUGUAUACUGACGGUGUGCUUGCUUACAGGGAGGUAGAUUGGUUUUCCUUGGCCGGUGUGAUCUUCCUGUUGAUGUUUGCGCCGCUGAUCGUCUACUACUUUGUGAUGUCAUGUGACCAGUACCAGUGCUCCCUCACCGCCCCCAUCUUGGACAUAUACACCGGGAAAGCCAAAUUGUCUGACAUUUGGGACAAGACUCCUCUCAUUACGUGGAAAGCUGUUUAUAUAUACGCAGUCUGGGUCUCUUUCCAGGUAAAAUGGGAGAAUUCAGGCAAUUACUUUUCCUAAUAGAUAUUUAUCAUAAAGAAGGUCUCCGCAUGUGUGGGUGUAAUUAAUUGUAGUUUUUCCAUAAAAAUAUCUGAAUAUAGAAGUAAUUGUAAUUUUGUUGUUAAAGGAAAAAUACAGGAAAAAUAUUAAAACAGGAGGGCCCAAAAGAUAGCUCCCCAGAUGUUUUAAAACUACAGCUUACAUGAUGCUUUGCGAUUCUAAAGGCAUUCACACCACUUGAACCUGCAGUGUAAAAUCAGACAGGUUAACGGCAGCUAGCGGACGGCACAGACUGACAAGAGAAGAUGUUUAUUAUUUUACAGCAACUUGUAAACCUUAUACGCCAUCCAGUUCUGAUUAUCAGCACGGCUCGGCCCAGACAUGUAAUCUUUUUAUUGGCGCUUGGAAUUAAUGAGGUUUUAAGGUUUUUAUCAAGUCUGGUAACUAGUAAAGUAAUAAUGCAGUAUCACAAUAAAGCGUGUUUUAUUUAUGGUUAAUUUAUAUUUAAUAGGUUAUAAAAAGUUUUGCAAUCUGUUUAGGAUUAACAAGUAGCACUUUCAGUUUUUUUGUUUCAGUAGAACUCCCACUCUAAUGAAUCCCAGUACGACAUGACUGUUAACAAGAUAACAUUUAUGUUCCAGGUGUUUCUGUAUGUUUUCAUUCCUGACGUGUGUCAUAAGUUCUUGCCGGGAUAUGCUGGAGGGGUUCAGGAUGGAUCCCGGACGCCGGCAGGUAUGUAGCGGUAACGAGAUAAGCCAUUGCUAUAUUGACAUAAAGACAGGAGCAGGUCAGAGAGCAUCCUUUAUUUUUCUUUCCCUUUUCAUUGAGUACAGGGUAAUUUGUAGGGUUUAGGUAAAAUCACCUUACUGCCCGGACUGCUGGCAGACGUGUAUAAAAGGGAAUAACAACCCACCGGUGUGCGCUGAGUGAGCGCUGCUGAAACACUCUCAUUGGUGGAAAAGAUCUGAAUGAGAGUGUUUGCACUAGAUAAACCAAUGACAGCAUGAGAAAGACACAACAUUGGGACUGUCCAGCAUGAUGUGGGACUCUUGGCAAGUAUGCCAGGGCAUAGAGCAAUGGAGGGGAUCUAAUUUGCUCUUUAUCCCAUCAUUAUGUGCAGCUGAUAGGAAAAGAAAACUCAAUGCGGUAUUUAUAAAGAUCAUAGGUGGGGUUUCCAUGGUGACUGCUAUAGUCUCUUGAGAAAACGUUCUAAUUGAUGUUUGUUGUGAAAUGCCUGGAAUUAACCAUUGAUGUGCUGGCUCACAGGACAGCAGGAGGGAGGCAGGGGAUUACACAGCACUAAAGCUCUUAAUUCUUAGUACUUAGUUUUAGGACUUAACUUUGUACUAAAACACUCCAAAGCACAUUUCAUGUACACGUAACCUUUAACGUUGUAUCAGAGAAUAUUGCUGGUUUGUGUUGUAGUGUAAUGAAUGCACAAUAGGGUGGCCUAAAAGUAAACCCCCGAACCUUGCAAAACUGCAACUCCCAUCAUUCUGUGUCCACAAGAUAGUAGAGGAUUGCACUAUUACUAAGAGAUAGCAGCAGAGUAUUGCACUAGUAAUAAUAAGAGACAGCAGAGUAUUGCACUAUUAUUAAUAAGAGAUAGCAGAGUAUUGCACUAUUAAUAAAAGACAGCAGAGUAUUGCACUAUUAAUAAUAAGAGACAACAGAGUAUUGCACUAUUAUUAAUAAGAGAUAGCAGAGUAUUGCACUAUUAAUAAUAGGAAAUAGCAGAGUAUUGCACUAAUAAUAAUAAGAGGUAGCAGAGUAUUGCACUAUUAAUAAUAGGAGAUAUCAGAGUAUUGCACUAUUAAUAAUAAGAGGUAGCAGAGUAUUGUACUAUUAGAUAAGACCAAUAAACCUGUGUCUGACCUCGUUGUUUCUCUCUAUAAAUGUGCGUUCUGCAGGCAUAAUAAACAAAUAUGAAGUGAAUGGUCUGCAGGCCUGGAUUAUUACCCAUAUACUGUGGGUUGCCAACGCGUACUACUUUCACUGGUUCUCGCCGACUAUCAUCAUCGAUAACUGGAUCCCACUGCUAUGGUGCGCCAACAUCCUGGGCUACGCCGUCUCCACCUUCGUGCUGAUUAAAGCGUAUCUCUUCCCCACGAUUGCGGCUGAUUGGUAGGUAGUUCAUUAUAUGAUUGGUAUUUCAGUUAAUGUGAUUCCGAUAGGAACCUGUGAAUACAAGCCUAUAAUAAGCAACAGAAUGGUGAUAUUCAGACACAUUUAGACAGCUAUUUAGAUAUAUAAUUUGGAAUCUGGUCCUGGUUGCCACCUAUUUACCUAUCUGGAUAUUUGGUUCCUCUUGUCAUUAGACAAGUUAUUUCACUGUUUACCUACUUUUUGUUUUGUUUCUCGUCUCACUUUAUAAUUACAUUACUGCCAUACAUCCAUAGGUUGGAUCAUUUUUAUUAGUCUUUCAUUAAAACUUAUAUUUUAACAUUUACCUCUGGUGUUUCACCACAUUCCAUUCUUUUCUCUAGUAUGUCAGAGGGCUCAAACCUCUUAUAGGGUGGUGAAUCAUCCCCUCUAGACUAUAUGUUUAUAAUGGUAGACAAUACCUAUAUCACAUACAGUCUAAAGUGAAUUAAGAUUAUUUAUUUAUGUGAGAUGUUUUAUGGGUGGAAAGGCUCAGCCCUUAUAUUGUCCUAUAUAAUAAUAAAGACUUAUCGCAUAACCUUCUUUGUAUAGUCUUACAUUUAUCUUAGGGAUUGACUGAUCAUCGGUCUGGCCGAUAUUAUCGGCAGAUAUUCUGUAUUUUUAGCAAUAUCAGUAUCGGCCAAUAAUGAUAUCGAUAUUGCUGACGAAUGCAGUCCAGUGCUGCCAUCCGGGUCCUGGGGGGCCCCGCACACUCUUACUUACCUUCCCUGCAGCUCCCCUGUCUAACUCUCGCGAGCACCGCCAGCACACAGGCUGUGAGAGUUAGACAGGGGAGCUGGGAAGGUCCUAAGAUUGUGCUGGACCCUCCAGGGAAGGUCAUAUACCUUGGCCAGGUAAGAAGCAGAGAGGGGGACUAAAACAAAAUGUAAAUUUUUUAAAAUAUAUAUAUAAAAAAAUAAAAGUUACAAAAAUGCCCUCCCCCAUUUUACACACAUUACAUAUGUACACAAACAGUCACUGCACAAACACACACUACACAAACACACACACACACUCUGAAUUCAUUAUAUACACAUUACACAAACACACACACUGCAUCCACUAUACACACACUAGACAAACACAAUGCAUUCACUAUACACACACUACACACACACUCUGCAUUCAUUAUAUACACACUACACAAACACUCACUGCAUUCACUAUACACACACACACACUACACACACACACACUCUGCGUUCAUUAUAUACACAAUACACACUCACUGCAUUCACUAUACACACACACUACACACACACUCUGCAUUCAUUAUAUACACACUACACAAACACUGCAUUCACUAUACACACUACACAACCACACAUUCUGCAUUCAUUAUAUACACACUACACAAACACACCCUCUGCAUUCAUUAUACACACACUACACAAAAACUGCAUUCACUAUACACACUACACAGACACACACACUCUGCAUUCAUUAUAUACACACUACACAAACACACACACUGCAUUUACUAUACACACACUACACAAAAACAAACACUGCAUCCACAACACACACAUAUUCUUAAAAACAUUAAAAAAAUUCUGACUGGCAUAUUUUGUGCAUUUAACUUAGUAAAAAAAGGAUUGUCAAAACAAUAAAUAACAUGUUCAAUUAACAGUAGAUUCGUGUAGAAAUUGUUUAUUUUUUUUAAAUGGUAAAUGUACAGAAUAUCGGUAUCAGUAAGUUAUCGGCUAUCGGCCUGAAAGUUCACAGGUUAUCGGUAUCAGCUCUACAAAAAAAAAAAUCAGUCGAUCUCUAAUUUAUCUCAUUACUCCUUUUAUCUCAUUGACGUGUCUGAAAUAAUGCCACACCACUGUCAAUGCCACUUAAAUGCCACAUCCGUGUCAAUCACAGAAAUAAGGCAACACUGGUGUUAAAGUCACAAAAAUAAUGCAAUGCCAUUGUUGCAGCCUCUAAAAUAAGGCAACUUAACACUCAAGUAAUGUUGCUGCAUUGUAGUAGCCACGCAGAUGCUACCAACCCAGUAAGGGGGGCUCCGCAAAUAUCCCGAACCACCCAUGCCAGGACUCGGCUGCCUUACCUGCUGGGCUUUUAGAUGGAGGUCCGCAUUAUCUGAUGAAAGAUGCAGCUCAGCCCUUGGUGGUUAUUGAGAGUUAGUGCCAACACCCUUAUAAAGAACCAGAUAUGUGACUUUCACCAUCUAAUUAAUGUUCCUCUUUCUAUCCAUCAGCAAAUUCACCGGGAAUUUCUUCUACAACUACAUGAUGGGAAUCGAGUUUAACCCCAGGAUAGGAAAGUGGUUUGAUUUCAAGCUGUUUUUUAAUGGACGUCCAGGAAUCAUUGCCUGGACCUUAAUAAACCUAUCGUACGCAGCAAAACAACAGGAGUUAUACGGGCAGAUAACCAACUCCAUGAUCCUAGUCAAUGUUCUUCAGGUAAGUCUCCACCUGUCAAUGCAGCCACAGUGCCAAUGAACUGGCACCCAAACGCACACAUCUAAAGAGCUCUUACUACUUUAUCUUUAUCCCACGGAUGGAAUAUCGUAUCCCAAUAAUUAUCUGUAUUCCGCUAUGUGACGGAGGGAAUAUCGUAUCUGUGGGGAUAUUUAUGGGAUAAUAAUAGUAACAGUGAGAAUUGCCCACUAAUUCAAUUCUCAGAUCCAAAGAUCGUUAUCGUAAGUGAAAGGUAUUUCAUAUAAUUAAAAUCACAAUUUUAUAAAAAUAGAUUUUAUUUUAUAAUAACAAAUUAAUUAAUAAUAAUAAUAAUAAUAAUAUGUAACAUGCGUGACAAUAAUCAAUGAAUAUCCAGUAUAAAAUGGUAUGCAAUACAAUGGAAUGGCUAUACACGUUUCAAUGGCUAAACAGCAUUUUCUGUCAAGUCUUACACGAUUUAUAAGGUAUCCUUACAGACUGAAAGGAAAACUUUUCACAGCGAAGGGCCAUAAAACCCUUGCUAACAGUUAGAAUAACUGAAUAACCCUUUCAAUGCUGGCUAGACCUCCUAGGUAAUUAAGAUCUAUUCUUAUGUAAUUUUAAAUAAAAUAACAUUUAAACCAGUUCAUUAGUCAUUUCCUGGAACCAUCCAAUAAGAGAAUCUACCAUAUUAUUACAAAAGCAGAAUUUGUUUUUAAUUUGCCUAAAUAGAUCUUUUAUCUUAUUUUAUAGCAAAUCAAUACACCUGGAUAAAAACAGCGGUAUGCUAACACGUGAUAAUAUCACAUCAAUAUAUAAUUAUUCUUAAUUCCACCUGCAGAAUGGAAUGUUUAUAACUAUAUAUUCUUUAGUUAACUAAGAUUUCUUAAUAUGGAAAUCUGACCGUGCUUUAUCCAGUCAUAUCAUGCUAUUAGUAAAUUUUAAUUAAUUUAAAUUAAUUAAAUGAAACCAGUAUAAUUACCAGUUGAGUAGAUAUUUCAUCCGAUUGGUAGAUAGUCUCAGGAACUUAUUUGGAUGUCUGUAGGUGCAUGAGUCAUGGUGAAAGGUGGUGUUGGUUAGAAAGUCAGUAAAAUUCUAAGUGUUAGUGUUUUAAGAGUAGAGUGUUAGUCUCAGAUGUUGUCCUGGGUUUUUCUGCAUGGAGGUUGGAGUCCCCAAACUUCCAAUUCCUCUCUCCUCUUUUUCCUUUGCAUUCAACCUUCUCCCUCUUUGUCUUAACUUUUAAAGGGCCAGACUCUCUGUACGUCAUCAGUUGAUAACCCAAUAGAAGCACUAGAGGUGUGGUUAUCUUCCAGAUCACAAUUUAGGUAUUUGUUCUAUAGAGGGCAGUCUUGUCCCACUAAACAUACCUAUCCAGGAAAGAGUUAACUUUUCCUGGUGGCUAUUUUCACGUCAUUUUGGCCUAUCUUGAUAGUGGCCAUAACUUACGUUUCCUUUCACUUCAAAGGGUUUUCUCUUAGUUUUGUCCAGACUUAGUGUCCCCAAUUCCUGCUAUAAUUUCUGAUAUGGCAGAUCAUGAACUAAGUUUAACCUUUUCCGUACAAUGGUACCUUAUACAUAUAGACAGUAAAAUUAAAUUAUUUAAUCUUCUCUGUCACAAAUGUCUGUGUUUAGAUUUGAUCUAUUCCAUUAGCAUUUUAGACAGUCUAUCCAACCCCCGUUCUCCUUAUCACUUGGUUUGUAUAUACUAUGCAUUCCUUUAGCUCUGUCAAAGUGGUUAGUUUUACAGAUAGAAAUCUUGUGUCUUUUUGUUAACUUGAAAAUAACAAAAUGGAGUCUGCUCUGUUCAAAGUGACUCAGAAUAUACACUUUUAAUUUCUAUCAUAGCACAAGAUGUCUGCCGAUAUAAAUACCCUGACAUAUCCCAAUAAUUAUCUGUAUUCCGCUACGUGACGGAGGGAAUAUCGUAUCCCAAUAAUUAAAACAAAAAGAAGGACCACAAGAGUCCUAAAUAGGAGAGUAAUGUGAAGAGGGGGAUAGGGGUCCCUACCUUUUAAUAAGUCUAAAGAUACACACAUCAGGACAGGUGGGAAGAGGUAUAGCAAAAGAGAGUCCUCCAGACUAGACACAGGGAACAGUUACUAAAAAACUGCCUGCUAAAUGUCUAGGAUCCUAAGAAGCACGCCCUCUAAAUCUUCCCAAAACAGGGACCCUAAUUGAAAAAAGGGGGUAACUAAAGAAAUAGGGGAAGGGAGCAAUGAAAAGGGAGAUGCCCCAAGGAGUAAAUCUUAUACAAAAAGCCCCUGUAGAGGUCCACUUGCCCUAGUUACCUCGGCACUGUGAUAAAUCACCAGUGCCUACCAAAAAGACUCAGUCCCUGCCUGUCAAAGGUAAGUAAUAACUGAUAAAAUAAAUUAAAUUAAAUCAAUCCAUCAGUGCUACCAAAAAAGUGCAAAACAAAGAAAAUAAAAUAAAAAGAAGCUCGACGCGCGUUUCAGCGUUUCAACACGCCGUCGUCAGGAGCAGUAAACUUUUGAAAUUCCCUGUAGCGAUUUAAAUACACCUUGUUACAAUCUACACAAGAUGAAAGACAGCUGUUGUACCCCACGUGUGCUGCCGAAAAUACUGUUAGCUUAUUGGUCAAUUACCUCUUAAGUCCGCCUCUUAUCCGCCGCGUCAUAUAACGUGGUGCUAAAAUGAAUAAAGGGGCGUAAUAAUGAGGUUUAGACGAUGCCCACGUGGGGAUAGUAUCGAGUUGAUUCAUCCACAGGAUUUUUUUUUCAUUAUAAUAUAGUUUAGAAACCUUAUUAGGGUAUAAAACUAAAGGAGGGUUUACAUAGUGACAACGAUAUGUAGUUUAUAAACACCCAGUGCGCAUGCGCGCAUACCGGUUAGCGAUUGGUCCAAUGCCUAUCCCUCCUGUCCAUCUAUCGAUUGGAUCUGCCACUUGUCAGUCACGUCGUAUGACGUGAUGCUGAACUGGAUCGAGGGGCAUAAUAUUUAAAAAGUGCCCCCAAAAGAUCCAAAUCGGAUAAGUGAUUCCGUAAGGAUUAUUAAGUUAAUAGCAGUAUAAUGAUUAAAAGUCCAGUUAGGAUCGCUAGAUAUUGGAUAGUAGUAAUCACCAGUGGGUGGUCAUAAGCUAUGGCUGCCCGUUGGUCCAUUGUCUCUAUAAACCUACCCAUCCGCCAGAUGCAGUCCUGGCAUAGGUAGGUGGGUAUAAUACAAGAAAUAACUGUGAAAAAUACCCCCAUGGGGUCAACAUGAAAAUGUACACGAAAUUCCCAUAGACAGAGACCCAAUGUGAACCACUAGGUGACAGUACGAUCUUAACAUAAUUAAAUACCCUGGUGAUAACUAAUACUAAGUAGUAUAAAUUGAAGAUGCUCAAAUGUUACCACAUGAUUCACAAUAAUAAUUAGCCAUAUCCCCUAGAUAUAUAUGUCCAAAUAAUGGACAGAAUUGAAUAGCCUAGAUAGAUAAUUGCUAUAAUAUAUGUAUAUUAAUAUAUUGAUGUAAUGACAGGGGGCUGAUUAAGACGUUACAGUAAAAAUUCGCAAUCCAAAGAAGUGGAUGACAAAAAGUCCAGGUGAUAAACGUUUGGGAACAAAGGAAGUUUUGCAAAAUAAAAAGAUCAUAAUAGUGUGUUUAUUUAUAAUGUGAUGUAUUUAAUCCAUCGGGGGACUAAUAAAAAUUCCCUAUAAAUUGUUUAUAUCCAAUGUAGAGAGAGAAGAUAGAGACAACUUAGACAAGAUAGAGAUACUUAUUUGUAUCCCAAUAAUUAUCUGUAUUCCCUUACGUGACGGAGGAAAUAUUGUGUCCCAAUAAUUAUCUGUAUUCCACUACGUGAUGGAGGGAAUAUCGUAUCCCAGUAAUUAUCUGUAUUGCCCUACGUGAUGGAGGAAAUAUCGUAUCCCAAUAAUUAUCUGUAUUCCGCAAUGUCACGGAGGAAAUACCCCAAUAUGAAGCAUUCUAGCUUACUGCAAUAUGGCCAUCAUACAUUCUUUAACAAAACAAUAUUUCUAGAACAAAUAACAUUUUAUUGCAUUUUAUUUAAAAACAUUAUCUUCUUUUGUACCCAUUUAAACCACAGAAGAGUAAAACUAUGGGGUUAUUUACUAAACACAAAAGUGUAAAGAAUUCAAAACUAAAUAGCAAAAUCUGGGCAAAAUAGCACUUGGAAAAAUUCUGCUAUAGCUAAGCUUAUCUAUUUUAGCCAAAAUUAUGCAGUUUGGGUUCCAAUUCAAUAGUGGAUAAACCUUUAUGUGUUGCUCUAAGUCUGAAGGGGUUACAUGUCACCAGUAAAAUUUUUGCGUAUAUGUAUAUUAUUUUUAAUGCUCUGUUUAUGCACUGUGUCCCGGCAGGCAAUCUACGUUGUGGACUUUUUCUGGAAUGAGAGCUGGUACCUAAAAACCAUAGAUAUCUGUCACGAUCAUUUCGGCUGGUACCUCGGAUGGGGGGACUGCGUGUGGCUGCCAUAUCUCUACACGCUGCAGGUAAUUGAACAGAGACUCUCUGCAUUUCACACAGUAACCUUGUCAAUGGGUCAAUUUAGAGAUAAAAGCAAAUUUCAGCAUUAUUUUUAUAACAAUAACUCGUUUCCUAGGUUUGCACUAAUCAUAAUUUUUUAUUUCAUAAUCUAUCAGAAAUUAAAUUAAAACCAUACAUUAAUGUAUUUAUUGUAAAACAAAUAAAAGGCCUCCACAACAUUGGUCACCGUUCUUAAAUACCUGGAUUUUUUUUUUUUUUUUUAUUCUUUAUUUUUGUUGUGCACAAAAGUAACAAAAAGUCUUGGUGCGCCACAACAGCGACAUCAGGAGAAAUUGGUAGACCUUUACAUUAUAAGUUGUGGCAUUCGUUAGUCAGGCACAUUUUUAGAUUAAUGAGAUCAAUAUUUCGACAGCUUAGGUUCUCUUUAGUUUAAAUGAUUUAGCAAGAUGCACACGUCAGGUAGGAGUAUUCAGAGGAGUGACAAAGAAGGAAAACCUGAAAUGUACAAUCCUAAUAUAAACACAACUGUGCAGUUCAAUACAUGCUAAAUAUGUGUCUGUAGUGUGACAUGAAAGACAGUGCACGUUUUAUAUUGUUAAAGAGAGCAAGAUAUAACAGAUUGUGAAACCACUGGCAAUGAUUAUUAACAAUAUUAACAUAUUAUAAUCAAUGGAAAGAAACUGCUGUGAUACUGUAAGCUAAAUGCUUAGUUAAGCUUAGUGUCUGCCUUUAUGUCUAAAUCUUGCUCUAGCGUGUGAGAAGUAUUUAGAGUUAACUGCAUAAUAACCCAUAACAUUGGCAAAAAGUUGCCCCAGGCCAUAGAUAAAGUUCAGUGAUACUUGGGCUACAAACCCGACAAGAUAUCAGGGUGUGCUGGCGUUAUCUGGUAUCAGCUGGGGAAGGCGCCCACAUGGAUCAGUUCGAGGUCUGUGAGCUGUGGGGCAGGGUGGAAUGCAUUUCAGCCUAUGCCCAGGGUGGGAAUGUCUCAAUUGCUGGCACAGGUGGCCCUGUCUAUGGGGUCCCUGGGCUUGAUUCCAGCUCUAGCUGUAGUCAGCGAGGCUUUCUCCUGUGUGGCCUCUUGUAGUGCAGCGUGAUCCUUGAGUGGUUGCUUCGUGCCGCUCUGGUCAGAGGUUCUUGGGCCUGAUGAGUUGCUUGCAGGUAGGCUUCGCUUGGUGCACAUGCUUCUUUGUAGAUGGGAGCGAGUGCAUGCGUUCAACUGGCAUGGCGCUGUUUCCCGCCUUGUCGAUCUUUGGUGUCUGCAUCGCCGGACGGCCGCCCUGGAUGCCCGAGGUUGGUGCCCAUAAUGGCGUCGUCGGGUAACGGGUCUCAUCCAGGAGGCUACUGCUUUCACCGCCUGGUGGUGGGCCAUUCCUCGCUCACAGAGCAUCGCCCAGAAGCUCUUACAAAGCCGGUCCAGAGCCAUCAGGGGAUGUGUAGGUGACUGGGUGCUUGUGUUUUUCAUAUUUGGCCCUUGCUUGGAGGCCAUUUUGGUUAUGCCUUGACGGUCUUGUUUUCCAGCGGGCUGUGUAAUCGUGAGGCCCACCAGCAGUCCUGGUCCGUGUAGCCAGUGGGGACCGGGAUUACCCCCUCCGGUCCAAAAAGGGGGAGGGGGGAGUAAGAGAUCAAUAAGGUCGCUUGAGGGGUCUCAGUGUUGGGGAGAAUGGCCGCCUCUCCCUGGCUCCAACCCCAGUAGGCCGCACUUGGCGUUUCGCGCCCCCGGCCCCGACGGGCUCCAGAAAGGUGUCCCUCGAUUCAGCCGGGCACCCCCGGCAUGGAUGGGGUACCCCGGUGUGUUUUUGGGCUAUUUAUCUGCCAAUUUCGCUGUGUUUUCUGCCCGUCGGACCGGAGCUCGCCUCACCCACGUCCGUACAGCUAGAUGGUCAGACUCCGCCCCCGAUUUUGGAUCUUUUUAAGCAUAUCGCUUAAGAAUUUAUAAAUAACAAAAAAAUCAGGCAAUUUCUCAGUUUCUAUAAUUAUUGAUAAAGCACAUAUUCUGCAGCAAACUGUAUAGUAAAGGAAUACUGCAGGCCCCGCGACGCCUUCAUCUCAUAGGUGCCAUGGGCCCAUUUAACCCUGCUGUUCUGCAGGAUUACAAUAUUUACAUUGCAGGGUUAAAGGAACUCUGUAUCUGUAUUCCUAACGCUACAGCACUAAGGCCCCUUGUUAUUUAGCCUCCCCCAUGUGUAAAAAUAAAUAAAAUUUAAACAAAUUCCUGAGCUUUUCUCCAGCGCCGAGACUGCUUCGGCACUGCCACCACAUGCUCCUUGGGUUGAGGACGGGACCAAUCCAUAGAUAAUGGGCCAAUUCAAUGCUCCUCCAUAGAGAAUCACUGUAUUCAAGGACUCUCUAUGGCCGACUGUGACAGCACUGCACAUGACAUGUUACGGUAUGAGAACCAGGCUUCCAAGUUUAAUAUUGGGUUUUGGGGCUAGGACAUGGUGGCCAGCACUGAAGGCACUUUAAAGACUUCAAGAAGAAGUUGUUAAAGUUCCCACAGUGUUCCUUUAUCUUGCCUCUAGUAUCUGUCUCCUGUGAAAUUGCUCAGUAAAAUUCUGCUAUCUCAGGAGACCAUCUGAUUGACGCAGUGUGGCGAUUUGCCAUGCAUGCGCUUUAGCCUCCCAGUGCUUUCCUACGAAAAAACAUUAGAUUGGCUGAGAUCAUCAACAAUGAGGUGGAGCUGGAGCAGGGAGCCGGCACUGUGAGGAAAAGUGCUAAACAGUGACUGGGGCAUUGUAGCAUUAAGAGUAAACAUUUGUAUUUCUAAGCUUAUAGUGCUCCUUUAAACAUACAGUUAACGUGGAAGUGCAAUUAAUCCAGAGAGAAGACUGAUUCUUGCACAUUCUGUUCAGUAAAACAGAAAUUGCACAUUUUAGGCCAAAGUAGCCAGUGUAGAAAAAUUCCUAGAGUCUGUUAAUUUUCCAAUUUGGCUGAAUAUUUCCAAAGCCCUUGCCAGUUCUCGGUUUAGUAAAGAACUGUGUUAGUGUGUGCUAACACUAUGCUAUACAAACAUGAUAUGGCACAUGGCAGCUGAAGAACAGAAGGUGGAACAGUUUUAGUGAAAGCUGGGGGGGGGGGUGAUAAUUUUUAGGGAGCAGGGUCAAGGCUCAGCGUAUGAUCAGAUGAGAUGUGGAUGGGCAGCCCUUAGCAAGUCCUGUAGGUAAGAAUUAUGAGAGGAGAGGAGGUGGAACAUAUUUAUCUAUUACUAAGGAAAUAUAAAUAUGCUAAGAUCCAGUCAAAGCAUAGGAGUUAAUUAAUGGAACAGCCCAUUUUUCAUUUGUUGCCUCAAGUGAUUGUUGCUUCAUUAAGAUUUCUGGCCCCUCCCCCCACACCUUUUUUUAAUAAAAAACAAUUACAGGUAAAAUAAGCCUUCACUUAUCUCUAAAUCAGCGCUGACAUGGUCUCCUCAGGGCAUCCUGCCGACAUUCCAGGCUUCAUUACAUUUUGUUUAGUCAAAUGCUUCUCAUAGAGAGGCAUUGUAGACUUAAUGUCCACGCACGGCAAACGCCACAAUGUGCCAAUGGAAUACUUGUCACAGAAAAGCACUGAAUGUUCGACGGACUCUUACAAUGUGAGAGGAUGUACAACUCCAAGAAUCAAGUUUCACUCAGUUCUAGACACAGAAGCACCAUGAAAGUGCAGUGAUGCCCAAAAGGUAGAUGGUUUAUAAUAACUUCCAUGAUGCUUUGUCAUUCUAUAGCAGUCUAAAAGCAUGCAAAGCAUCAUGGGAGUUGUAGUUCUACAAGAAUCGUUGGUCUACCUCUUGGGUACCACUGAUUUAGUGGCUAUCAGAAAGACAGCAACUGGAGGUGUGUUUUUACCCACAAUGUAAACAAUGACCUAUUGCAGAAACAGCGAUGUUUUACAUUACGGGAGCUGCUCUGAGAUGAAAUUAUCUCGGUGCUUAGAGUAUCCCUUUAAGGGCAAAAUGUAAAUAAGUUCAUUUUUGUAUUUGUGGCAGUGAUACUUGUAGUAGUGGUAGUGAUAAUUGCAAAAUAGUUAUUUUUGCUGUUUGUUUUUUGCAGGGUCUGUACCUAGUGUAUAAUCCGGUGCAACUUUCCACACCAGCAGCGGUAGGAAUUCUCUUGUUUGGUUUGAUUGGAUACUAUAUCUUCAGGAUGACCAACCACCAGAAAGACUUGUUUCGACGUACCAACGGAAACUGCAAAAUCUGGGGCCAAAAGCCAAAAUAUAUUGAAUGUUCAUACACAUCCGGGGAUGGCAGGCGUCAUUACAGCAAACUGAUGAUUUCUGGGUUCUGGGGGGUGGCUCGGCAUUUCAACUACACCGGAGACUUGAUGGGGUCUUUGUCUUACUGUCUGGUGUGUGGGUUCGACCAUCUCCUGCCUUAUUUCUACAUUAUAUACAUGACAAUCUUACUUGUACAUCGCUGCAUACGAGACGAGCAUCGCUGCUCCAGCAAGUAUGGCAAAGACUGGAAACUGUACACAGAUGCUGUGUCAUAUCGUCUAAUACCUGGAGUAUUUUAAGAUUCCCUUAGUUGGCGAUGAAACCGAUCAGCUCCCCCAAAGGCUGUUUGAUACAUUUUGGACAAUAACUACUUUCUUGUAAAGCAUUUUUGGUCUAUCACACCUCGUGUGAUAGACCUCUUGGACCUGUGAUUCUAGAAAUGAAUGUAAAUUGUACUUUUUAAGCGCACACCAAGUUCUGGAUUCCCUUACCUAUACAUUUCCUUUUAGCAAACCAACAGAAUUUGUUCUAAAUAAAAUGAAAGUUUUCCAGUUGUCCCAGUUUGUUCCUUGCUGUUGGAGAUGCAGGCAGGAGACUAUCAGAAAAUGGAUUCAGGGUGUAUGUGACGUGAUUUGACACUUGAGUCCGUAGAUAUGAAAAUACUCUAUUUUCAAAUUAAACAUUUAAUUGCGAAAUGUAAGCUUUUUUCAUUUGAAAAAUCCUCCAAAUGAAUUACAGUCACAACUUUUGCGACUUUAUUAUUCU